AUGGCGAUCGCUGAAUGCUCGCCCAAUCAUCUUGUACUUAAAGAGUCGCAUCCGUUGUCAAAGGACCUCUACGCGAAUGUAUUUGGCGAAACGUCGUCGUUUCCCGGCGACAAUGCGACUCGGUUAUUUGAUGUCAGCAGCAUUACUGAGAAUCCGCUCCUGUUUAGGAAGGUGAUUCAUUUCUUGGCUCAACGGUACCGCGAUAUGGGCGAUGCCGGCCCGACGCAUGUCCUCUGCGUGGAGUCUCGUGGGUAUGUUCUUGGUUCGCCACUGGCUUUAGAGCUUGGCGUUCCUCUUGUUCUUGCCAGCGCUACGAAAAGAUUUCCGUCUACUUUUCUUUCGGAGGGUCAGGGCCCUAUGGUACUGCCCAAAUCCUACUCUGUUCGUAACGGAAGCAUUUCGAGUGACUCCCGCGUGCUCAUUGUGGAUGACUUCAUUGCCACCGGACGUUCCCUUGUCUCCAUUCUACGCCUCAUGGCGAUUGUUGAUGCCAAGGUGAUUGAGGCGGUGGCUGUGUGUAAUGUGCCGUCCCUUGACGGGAUUGGGGCCAUCCACAAGUCCGACGGCUGCCGCUUCGGGCAGACCCCCAUAUUCACGCUGAUGCAACUCAAGGCAAGUCAGGAGACGGUAAAGGAACAAAUCGCCUAUAUUACCCUUGUAGGAAUGUCUCAUAUGUGA